AUGCAUUCGGAGUCAGAGUCAGGUUAUGAGUCUCAGCUCUCCGGGGACGAAGCAUCUCCAGGAUCCUAUGGAAAAGGACAUGACGAUGUACAGCUGCCGGAUAUCACUCCAAACGACCGCGUCAUCGCAGUCAUGGGGAUCACAGGUGUUGGGAAGAGCACGUUUAUCUCUCAUUUUAACCAAGAUGCCCUCGUGGGGGAUAGUUUACUGUCUUGCACAUCUGAAGUGGGUAUCCACAAAGCGCAAAUCGGCAAUCAGCGAAUAUUCCUCAUCGAUACGCCCGGCUUUGACGACUCCACGCGGUCCGAUACGGACGUUCUCGUUGAAAUUGCUGACUGGCUGAGGUUCUCGUACAAUGAGAAUAUCAAGCUGGCCGGGAUCAUCUAUCUCCACCGAAUAAAGGACGUCCGUAUGGGAGGGGCAUCCAUCCGAAAUCUCCUGAUGUUCAGGAAACUGUGCGGCGAGCAAUGUCUCGGCGGCGUUGUUCUUGCAACAACGAUGUGGAGCAAUCCCCCAUCUGACAAGGAGGUCAAGCGCGAGGGCCAGCUAAAGUCGGAGAGGAAAUUCUGGGGGGAGAUGAUUGGGCAUGGCAGCCGCGUCUUCCGCCAGGAUAAUGGAAUCACCUCUGCGACCGAGAUCAUCCAGUACAUCCUGAGCCGCCCGCAUAAUGUCACACUGAGAAUCCAGGAAGAGAUGGCCAGCGGCAAGUCGUUAGGUGAGACGGCAGCAGGCAAGGAAGUUCAGGCAGAGGUCGAGCGGUUGAAGGCGAGAUACGAGAGGCAGCUGAACGAACUCCGAAAAGAGAUGAAGGAGGCUGAACGGCGACAGGACCUGAAUCAUAAGAAGGAGAUUGCAGCUGUCCGGGCAGAGCUCGAAGAGGAGUUGAAUAGCAACAAACAGCAGCAAAACAUCUUACGUAUGGACAUCGACGAGCUACGCAAACAACGGGACGCCGAGAGGGAGACGAUGUAUCAACAGGAAAUGGCCCACAAAGAAGUCCUUUACCAGCGAGACGCCGAUAUCCGAGUCCUGAGAGCCAAGGACGAUUAUGAAUUACGGUUAAUGGAGCUGGAAACACAGAUGGCCCAUGAGAGGAGCCGGAAAAGUGCAUGCAUAAUGAUGUAG